AUGACCGACGUCUAUGCACAGCAAUCUUUGAUGCAUUUGCACAACGCGAACGGUUACCUUGCACCUGACCAAGCUUGCACAUGUUCGUACGGAGCGGGUUUGGGGCGCGGAUCGCAUACGAACAUGCAUUCAUGCAUGCAACUGGACAGUAGCGCUCAGCGAGAUGAGCAGGAUCAGCAGGAUCAGCAAGAAUCGUCUGCUGUACAAGACGUGAGCGUUGCUACGGAUGAUUACCUGCCUCCAGGGCAGUUUUCGUCUUCACCCACAGAACGUGCUCUCUACCCAGCCAGCACGAUGGCUGCUGUAGAGGCGAAGCGAGCACGCUUCUUUGCGCAACAGUCUGGAUGUGCAUCUCGCCGCGCACGCUCAAGACCCACGCCGACCGGAUCCACGUCGCUCAAACGACCACACAAGUCACAUCCGCUGUCCAGCAACGCUUCCUGCUCGUACCGGCAAUCGUUCUUCGAACAGUGUCAGCGCGCAAUGGAGACGACGCGUAGCGUACAACGAACCGAGCGAGUGAGUGCAUUUCGCAAGGGAGCCGAUGCGUUUACGCGCGACCUGCAUUCCGACGAUAUGGACGAGGAUGAUCUGCCCUCUUCAUCCGUCGGCGCAACAUCGUCUCCACCGGCGUCGAGUCAGGCGUCGAGUCAAGAGCUAAGGGAGGAGGAUGACGAGCUGACGCGUCGUCGAAUCAUCGGCGAGUACUCUCGCUUGAAGAGGAUCUACGAGUUGAAAGGUCACCUGGAAAUUGGUUGGAUCGAUCCGGAUCACCUCGAUUGGUUAGAGAGCGAGAUUCAACAGCAGCAGCACGCGAGCCAAGAAGAGCACGUACACGAUCCGUAUUUGAUGGCUGACGACGAGACGUUGGAGCAGCUUUGGAUCGAGUCUCAGCAGCAAUCGCAAACGCCCAUCGAGCAGGGCCAACAGCACGCAAUCGUCGUGGACGAAUUCGAGGACGAUGCGAGCUUCGAACACGCGUUGGCCAUGUUGCCUGUAUAG